CCGAAACGAAUCCAGCUGCGAGUCCCCGACGUGGGAAAGCACCGGUUCAGAUUCGGCAUCCAAACCAAUACCUCGACGCAGCAGUCUGAUCAAGCUCUCAGUGGAGACAGGAAGCUCUCUGUGACGGGCUGACAGGCUGCUUCCUGUUUUGAAACACAGUGGCGGUUUUGGAGACUCAUCGUGCUCUCUGUGAGAAGAACAAAUUACAGCCUUUUUGAUGGCGACGUACAGCACAGUCUAACAGAGAUUAAGUAUAAUGGAAUUUUAAUUUUAUGGAGGCUGGGCUUGUUUUGCUAUGUGUGUGUAUGUGUAAUGUCUCUGGACAGCGUGAGCCUUUUUUUUUCUUUUUUUUCCCUAAAAAAUCAAUACAUUUACCUUUUGUAUCUUAGGUGUUCAUCUAUGUGCAGGUUUAUUUAUAGCUUCUUGUUUUAUCGUGUCAGGAUAAUUUAUUCAGAGUCUGCGGUGAUGUUAGCUUUGUGUUGUUGUGUGUUGGAACUCUGUCUCCGUCUCUAUCAGUUAUUUAUGUCGUAGGCUAACAGAGGUGAAAGUGCAGGACAGCCUGCGCACAUGAGAUAAUUGAAUCCCAACUGCUGAACAGACCAUUUGGAACAUCCUGGUGUUUCCCCAGCUUCAAACACAGCUUGCGACAGGCGCACACCCUGAGAGCUUUAUUAGUUUUUAAGGGAAGGUGUCCUCAGCUUCUGUGUGAUUUCUGUUCACUGCUUGUCUGUUAAUCAGGGAUGACAGGGAUGUUUGUCACUGGUCACGUUAUUUAAGUGGAGAUGCCUAACUGGGUAGCAUGUACACAGUGAUUGUUGCUGAUACUGUCACAGAGGGACCAUUACCGCUUAAGUCACACGCGGAGGAAGAGAUACAGAUUGAAGCCAACAUUAAUAUCCGGUGCCUACUGCUGUGCUGCAUGAAAGAAAAAGGAAAGUGUGAAUGAUAAUGCGGCAUUGCACGACUGUGUGUAAAGGUGAAUGAAAUCUGGAUGUGUGAGUUAAGUCAAUGAGCUUUGGUGCGCCGCCUCAUUCUGGGUCACUGGAGAAUGAGCUUUUAAAAACAUUUCAAAUUGAGUGCGGCUUUCAAAAUAAAUUAUGUUAAAGAGGGCAAGAGAGAGAAGCCUGAUUUGAUUUUCAUAUUUUCCCCCUGCUUGGCGGGGUGGAGUUGCAUCCGAGAGUUAAAUUUAGAGGUGUUGCUGAAGCACUCCAGCGGGGGCAAGUUUUUAAUGAGAACACAAAAUCAAUUAGCUUAAUUACAAGUCAGUGUUUCGUUUUGUUAAUAGAUUACCUGCCUCCCAAUAUCCCUUUUCAAGCCGUCUAAAACUGUUGUUGCUCUACCUCUGGCCCUCUUUUCUUGCAUUUUUCAGGGCAGGAUUGGAAUGGGGCGUCUUAAAGGAAAGACUUACUAUCUCCUCCUCAUCCCAUGUCCACACCACCCUCACUCCCCCGAUCAUGCCCCAAGGCACCAGGGGUAUUUUUAGAGCACCGCCUCCCUCCCUCAUCACACCAGCACAAAAAACACUUGUUGCCAUUGGAAACACUUCCCCAUCCUAAUGAGGAUGGGUCACGUGUGGGUCGGGAGAGGAAGAAGACGGUGUCUUUCAGCAGCAGCCUGUCAGAGAAGAAGAUCAGCAGUGCUGCUGACUGCAUCCACUCCAUGGUUGAGGGGAGUGAGCUGAAGAAAAUAAGGACCAACUCGCGUGUUUACCAGCGCUACUACCUGCUGGAUACAGGCCUCCAGGCUUUGUGCUGGGAGCCAUCCAAGAAGGAGUCAGACAAAGCCCGGAUUUCUCUCCCCUCCAUACGAGAGGUACGGACAGGUCGUAACACAGAAACCUUCCGCACCAGUGGAGUUUAUGAGCAGAUUUCAGAGGACUGUGCAUUCUCCAUCAUCUAUGGAGACGUAUAUGAAAACUUGGACCUGGUGGCCAACUCUGCUGAAGUGGCUAACAUAUGGGUGACUGGACUAAGGUAUCUGAUGCAGUACGGGAAACAUGCCCUGGACAUGCUCGCCAGCAGUCAGGACAGUCUUCGUCUUGGCUGGCUGGAGCAGUUGUUUUCCUCUGCUGCUGAUGCGGACGGACAGGAGGGUGUCGAGGAAGGGAUUCGCUUGCAGUCGGCCAUUAAGCUGAUACAGAGUGUGAACCCCGGGGUGAGCAGCGCCAAAGUGGAGCACAGGUUUAAGGAGCUUCAAAGACUUAGGGAGAGGAUGUGUGGGCUUACCCUAGACAAUGGAUCUGCAGUUACAGAUUGCAUUGAAGCCAAAAGAUUAACAGGAAGAAAUGAGCGAGUCACCAAGCAGGAAUUCAUUGAGGUCUUCCAUGACUUUUGCACGCGUCCAGAGAUCUACUUUCUGUUGGUGCAGUUCUCUAGCAACAAGGAGUUCCUGGACACCAAAGACCUGAUGCGGUUCCUUGAGGCUGAGCAGGGCAUGACUCAGGUGACUGAGGAGAUCAGCCUGAAGCUCAUCCAGUCCCAUGAGCCAUCGGAGCAGGGCCGUCAGCAGGGAUACCUGUCUUUAGACGGCUUCACCAGCUACCUCACUUCGGCAGAGUGCCACCUUUUCGACAGGGAGCACGACACCGUGUGCCAAGACAUGUCCCAGCCUUUGUCCCACUACUACAUCAACUCCUCCCACAACACCUACCUCAUCGAGGACCAGUUUAGAGGUCCCUCCGACAUCUCCGGCUAUAUCCGUGCCCUCAAGAUGGGAUGUCGAUGUGUGGAGGUGGAUGUUUGGGACGGCCCUGAUGAAGAGCCAGUGGUGUGUACGGGUCACACCCUUUCCCCACCACUGGCCCUGAGCUGUGUGUUAGAAGCAAUUGGAAAAUUUGCAUUUGUGGCAUCAGAGUAUCCCUUAAUUAUAUGCAUUGAGAAUCACUGUUCACUUCAACAGCAGAAAGUGAUGAAGCAACAUCUUGUUAAUAUACUAGGGAAGAGUUUAUACACAAAUCCCCCAAAUGAAGAGGACCCGUACCUGCCAUCGCCACAUGCCCUAAGGCAUCGAAUCCUAAUAAAGGGCAAGAAGUUGGGGCCAGGUUCCGGUGGGGAGGAUGGAGAAGUGAGUGAGGAGGAUGAAGGGGCAGAGAUGUGUCAAAGAAUGAAAGCAGCUAAUAGUGGAGUCACAACGCCUGGAGGAAGUGAGAAGGACAUGUUGCAGAAAAGCAUCCCUUUCACAGCUGUCACUCAGCCUCACCCUCCUCAUCUUCCUUCUAAACGGUUCCAACUCUGGAAGGAGCUGUCUGACCUAGUAACUCUCUGCUGCUCAGUGCGCUUCGUUGACUUUCCAGCAUCAUCCAAAAGCCAAAAACCUUGGGAACUGUGUUCCAUUCACGAGUCUCUGGCUGUGCGUCUCGCUGGCGAGAGCCCCGGCUACUUUGUCAAUUAUAACAAGCAUUUCCUGUCACGGGUGUACCCCAGCCCCAUGCGUAUUGACUCAAGCAACAUGAACCCUCAGGACCUGUGGAAGUGCGGGUGCCAAAUUGUGUCUAUGAAUUUUCAGACGGCAGGACUGAUGAUGGACCUGAACACAGCUUGGUUCCGGCAGAAUGGGAACUGUGGUUACGUUCUGCGGCCAGCCAUCAUGCGCCAGGAGGUGUCCUAUUUCAGUGCCGACACCAGAGACACUGUCCCUGGUGUGUCUCCACAGCUGCUUCAUGUGAAGGUGAUAAGCGGCCAGAACCUGCCCAAGCCGAGGGGUUCUGGGGCCAAGGGGGAUGUAGUGGACCCAUACGUGUAUGUGGAGAUCCACGGCAUCCCAGCUGACUGCACGGAGCGCCGCACCAGGACAGUGACCCAGAACGGGGACAACCCCAUCUUCGAUGAGAGCUUUGAGUUCCAGAUCAACCUGCCAGAGCUCGCCAUGGUUCGCUUUGUGGUGCUGGAUGAUGACUUCAUAGGGGAUGAGUUCAUAGGUCAGUACACCAUCUCUUUAGAGUGUCUGCAGCCGGGCUACCGUCAUGUACCACUCCAGUCUCUGACAGGAGAGGAACUUCCCCACGCCAAGCUAUUUGUCCAUGUGGCCCUCACCAAUCGUAGAGGAGGCGGAAAGCCUCACAAGCGGGGCCUGUCUGUGCGGAAGGCCCGGAAGGGGAGGGAAUACACAGCUCUGAGGGACUUGGGAGUCCGGGCUGUGGACGAGGUUUUCAAGACAGCUGCUCCGCUGCUGAGAGAAGCCACUGACCUGAGGGAAAACAUGCAGAACUCCAUAGCAGUGUUCAGGGAGCUGUGCGGGGUGUCGGCUGUGGCUAACCUCAUGCAGUGUGUACUGGCUCUGAGCUCCAGAGUGCCAGGACCAGACGGAACGCCUUUGCUACUGUUUGACCUCCGGGACCACUACCCCACCCUGGAGCCCCAGGGGACCCUGCCUGAUGUCCUUCGCCGUGUUGUCUCUACCUAUGAAAUGAUGGUCCAGGCGAGCAAAGCAGUGUUCGAGCUCUCCGAUGGAAUCUACAGCAGGAUCCUUCAUAUACAGACAACGGCAAUGGAGUUUCACGAGAAGCUGCAGAGCCUGGCAGCGAAGGAGGGGCUGAAAGGUCGCAAGGUCACUCGAGCGCUGGAGAGCUUCAGCUGGAACAUCACCAUCCUUAAGGGUCAGGCUGACCUACUGAAGCACGCCAAGGCUGAGGUCCAGGAGAACAUGAAGCAGGUCCAUGAUGCCGCUUUGACUGGGAACCUCAGCAAGGAGAGUCGGGGAGUGACAAGAGUCCGCUCCCAAACACGGCGAGGACAGGAUGACAAAGCCGCCACGAGUGCUAGAGGACCCUCAGCAUAGCAAGCAAAUGAGAGAGGACAAAUUGCCGCUGUAGCUGCUGUGACAAACCCUCCUCAUGUCAUCAAUCUGUUCCAACGCAUUAUUCUGCCACAGUGGAAGACUUUAAUAAUGUUGUGGGAGUAUAAUAGCAAGUAACCUAUUUUUAAGAAAGAAGAAAAGAAGAGGUGAUGAAUGUAAAAGUCUUCAAAAAAUGCAGCCACUGUCCUCCCACCUGUCGCUGAACACUUGACAGCUGCAGACGUCAGAGCGCUGCUGUGAGGAGACGGAAGAUAAAUGACAAUGGGGACUUGAAUGUAGUUGGAUUUGAAGCCAAGGUUCAGCUGUUUGUACUGUAUUAAACUGUAAAUACACCAAAUGUUUAUUAUCCUCUUCUUACGUGCAAUGUUUUUGAGGCUUGAGGGUGUGUCAUGAAGAAGGAAGCUAGCACAGCCUGGGAUGGCUCAAUCUUUAGCCAAAAGAUGUUAAAAAAAAACCUUGCGAAAACUUUUGCAAAACUGCCACCUUCACAUGUUGGGGACUCGUACGUCACCAAGCUGCUACAAUACCUAGCAAUAUCAAUCAAGAAAGGUCUUUUAACAUCAUAUCUCUUGGACAGGUCCAGCCCCUGUAUGUCUCUCAUUCCAGUUUUUUUUCAUUAAGCAUUUGUAGGUCCUGGAUUGCUGCUGUUCAUUCAGUCACCUUGAGGUCCUUUGUCUUGCCACAAAAUCCUCCACUUCACCCUCUAAAUAUUGUCUUACAUAUGAUAUUCUAUAUUUUUCUAUUUUCCUGAAGCCUUUGUGGUAAUCGAAUCACCGUUACCCGCCAUAAUGAUCAAUGAUGAUGAUCCAUAACUGUAGAUGUCUGCCUCUAGGGGACAAAUACUGUUGUGUUGAAAGUGCUUAAUUUGUGUGCAAAACACUGUACAGUAUUUUAUUAUGUAAUUCUAUCCUUUUGCUGUAAAGAAUAUUUUACCUAAGUUAUUGAUCCUAAAUGAAAACAUUCCAGAAACAGGUUAGUGGUGCAGUAGAUAAGGCUCGACAUGUUCAGUUCUGUAAAAGGUCGCAGUGCAGUUCAUGAUUACCUUCCUUUAACAGUCAGGAUGGAAA